AUGAUUCUCUCUCUUGUUUUUGCUGCAGCUGAAAUGUCAAAACCAUAUGCACAACUUUACAAUUUGUAUCGUAAUCCAAAAUUCAGUGAGGAUGUUAAGCUCAUGACAUUGUCUGAAUUUCUGGUCCUCGCAAAUAAUGCUAAUUCUGUUUCUGGUGUAUUGAUCAGCAUAGAAGAUGCAGCCUACUUAGCGGAAAAGCAGGGACUAAGUGUAAUUGAUGCUGUUCUGGAUGCCCUAAAAAAUGCUAGCCACAAUAAUGACACUGUCAAGAAGGUUAUGAUUCAGUCCACUGACAGUGCAGUUCUGAUCAAGUUAAGGGAGAAAAGCAAUUAUGAGUUCGUUUACAAGGUUCCAGAUGCAAUCCGUGAUGCUGAUAACUUGACCAUAACAGAAAUCAAGAAGUUUGCCAAUUCUGUGGUAGUCAGAAAGGGGUCUGUCUUUUCUUUCCGCGGGGACUACAUAACUAGUAUUAAAGAUGUUGUAUCAAAGCUACAGGCAUUCAACCUUUCAGUAUAUGUUGGAAUCUUCAGAAAUGAGUUUGUCUCUCUAGCCCGAGAUUUCCUUUGUGACGCAAAUGUAGAGAUCAACACAUUUGUGACGCUUGCUCAAAUUGAUGGCAUUAUCACAGAAUUCCCAAGGACAGCUUCUAGAUACAAGAGGAACCGUUGUUUAGGAUUGGGCGAUAAAACGCCAACUUACAUGAAGCCUGUACGUCCUGGUGAGCUCUUAGGUGAGCUCUCAAGUUUCGUCCCCUCCUCCUUUUUGCCACCGGCUGAUGCUCCUUCCCCUGUACUGACUGAAGAUGAUGUGGUUGAGCCACCUCUGCCUCCUGUUACGGAGGGAGCGCCGGCUCCUGGCAACGGGUCGGCAGCAGCGCCGGCUCCAACCCCACCAAAUGGGGAGGCUAAGGUCCCUCCACCCUUCUUCCUUUCUCAUCUUGCAGCCCUCCUUGCAACUCUUGUAUUCCUGUGAAAGAAAAUGCUGCAGCUCCAUCACUUAGCAUCCAAAAUC